AUAUGUGACAGUUUCGUGUUUGUGAUGUUUAUUUAUUUGUUUAUCGGAUAUGUGAUUAACAUUAUUUGCUUUUUGACUAUAUGAGGAAGGAAAAAUGCAAUGCUAAUUUUCUAUUUCGUAAAUUAAGGACAUUGAACAAAACUAUCCAGUGAUCCGUCGCCAAAGAAAAGCGGCUUUUUGACUGUUUGAUGAAUGAAAAAAGGCAAUGUCAAUUUUAUUUUUCACAAAUUAGGGAUACUGAAAAAACAUUCCAGUGAUCCGUCUCCAAAGACAAGCUGCUCAUACUACCUUUUUACAUGAAAUGUUACUUUUUCUCACAGAAAUGUGUUACCAAAUUGCUUCUAAUAAGAUCAAGACUGAUAGUGGUGGCAAAGAGAUUAUAGUUUUUGGUUGCCAUUUCAUUCAAAAUUCAAGAUUAUAAAAAUAUGUGUGAGAUUGAAAGUGAAAAAUGACUGAGAUUUUCAAAGAACUAGGCAUACCUGAAUCAUACCUUCAGAGUACUUCCAGAGAAGAUAGAUUCAUAGCUUCAGUUCAUAAAUUGUGGCUAAAGUCAUUGAUCAAAUAUUUGAAGUUAUCUGUUUUUAUAAAAAAAUCUUCCCAGGAAAAAUGGCCUGAAGAGAAUAUUGAUUCAUCUUGGGUCAAAAUAUUCAUUUCAGUAAUGAAAAAAAAAGAUUGUGAUGUACUGCCACUUCCAAGGGUGCAAACUCCCAAAGAAGAAAAAACGUUGUUUUCACAAUUUAUGGAAUCUGUUUUCCAAAGGAAUUUUAUUAAUAUAUGGAGAGAGUCUUACAGAAAGUAUGCUGCAUCAAAAUCGGAAAGAGAUACUAAAGUUAAUCUUGUUGCUUACAAUUCUGCUUUGAAAGAAGUAAUUAUAAGAAUUUAUGGCUGUUCUAUUAUCAAUGCAUAUGAUCCAGAAUUGACCAUAAACAAUUCCAUGCAAUAUGAGAGACAACUAAAUAUCUUUCCUGCAGCUUGUGCCGUGGAAACAAGAAAUGCUAUUUUUUUGUUACAUUUUCCUUACAUGAAGCACAAUUUGAGUGACUGUGUGACAUUUUCAUCUGCAAUUUUGGAAAAGUCUCAUGGAAAAUCUUUAUUUCUCAUUUAUCAGCUGCUGAACAUACUGAAGUCAUUACAUGAACGCUCGCUAACAUUGGGUGAAGUACAGUUAAAGGACAUUUAUAUAAGCGAGGAUAUGUGGAUAUAUGUAUUCCCUCAAAUAGAUUUCAAUUUUGUUGAAACUUGUAAUUUACCUAAAAACCUUGAAACCGGUGUAAAUGACAGUUCAAAACCUAAUACCGAUUCGGAAAGUGAUAACUGUGGAGUUCAGACAUAUGAUAAAGUCCAGGUUGCAGAUGAGAAUUUAGAACAGUUAUGUAUGUUAUGGAUUGAAGGACAAAUAUCCAACUUUACUUAUAUAAUGUUUCUCAACAAAUUUUCUGGUAGAAUUUGGGGCGAUCCAAACUGCCACUAUGUAUUUCCCUGGGUUACCGAUUUUACAUCAAGAUGUGGUAAAAACUGGAGAGAUCUGAAAAAAUCAAAAUACCGCCUGAAUAAAGGAGAUCAUCAACUAGAUCUAACUUACAAUAAUUGCCAAUCGCAAGUAGCCCAUCAUGUUUCAGAUGUUCUUUCUCCCAUAACAUAUUAUGUUUACAUGGCAAGACAAACUUCUAUCUCUGUAUUAUGUAAAAAUGUUCGUACAGUUUGGGUGCCUGCUGAAUAUCCUAGUUCUAUACAAAGAAUACAAGAGUGGACCCCUGAUGAAUGUAUACCAGAGUUCUACUCUGAUGCAAGUAUUUUCAGAAGUAUUCAUGAUGAUUUAGCUGAUUUAGCAGUACCAUCUUGGUGUUCUGGACCUGAAGAUUUUAUAAAAACACAUAGGGAAGCUUUAGAAAGUGUAUAUGUUUCAGAAACGAUCCACAACUGGAUUGACCUCACAUUUGGGUAUAAAUUGAGUGGUAGUGCAUCAAUUAAAGCUAGAAAUGUUUGCCUUAAUCUGGUUGAUGAUCAUGAAUAUUUGACAAAGUCAGGACUUGUGCAACUAUUUUCGCAACCACAUCCUUCAAGAGCUAUGGAUUCUUCAUAUUGGGCAAAAUCUCCUCCGAAAAUAUUCAUUACCAAAUCAGUAAAACAAAGUGAGUGGUUUUUUUAAUCACUGGUUUAUUAUGUCUUUUAGGAGUUAUACCAUGUUUUCAAACAGUCUCCAUCAUUUAUGAAAACCUUAUCAAUAUUUCAUGUGAUAAAUGUGUUAAACUCAUCCCCACUUUCCCAAUCAAAGAAGGCUCAAAACAUGUCACAUGUACCUUAUAGUAUACAUUGAAGAAAUCCCGUAAGUGGGAUUGGCUGAUCCUGGAAAAAUGGAUAAUGGCUCUUUUACUUC